AUGGCUGACAGAAAACAGAGAACAUUCAAACCACGAAUUAAUCCCUUAGAAUCAAUGACAGCAGCAGAACUGCAGCACAGAUUUAGAUUUGAUCAGGAAGGAAUUGAAUUUAUAACAGAUUUAAUUCAAAAUGACAUUAUGCCUUUGACCAACAGAAAUCACAGUGUACCUGCAAUUGUGCAAGUCAUGGUUGCCUUGAGAUACUAUGCUACAGGAACUAUUCGAAAGCACCAGAUUGACUUUUUUGCCAUUGCUGGUUUCCCUGGCGUGGUUGGGGCGAUUGAUGGGACUCAUGUGCGAAUUAUAGCUCCCAGUGAACACGAAGUGGAGUAUGUCAACCGGAAAAACUUUCACAGUAUAAAUGUACAGAUUGUAUGUGAUGCCAGUUAUAAGAUUUUAGACAUCGUGACAAGCUGGCCGGGAGCGACUCACGAUGCCAGAAUACUGAGGGAGAGUGGUCUAUUUCAGCUCUUUCAACGACGUUUAUUGCCUGUGAAAUGCCAUCUUCUCGGUGAUAGCGGUUAUCCCGGGAAAGACUGGCUGCUGACACCUUUUUUAAAUCCACAAGCUGGUCCACAGUCACGGUACAACAGGUAA